CCCAAAGACACCAUUCACUGCCGUUUCUAGAGCACCAAAACCCUAAAACCCUUCUCAGCACCACUUCUCUUUGCUCUGUUAACGCACAAACUCCUUCACCUUCCUCUUGCCCUAAAACCUUCUCCUCUCUCAUCUCUCAAGAUCAGCCAUGGCAGAGAUUAAGCUGUCCGAGAUGCGAGAUUUGACCCGAAUAGAGCGAAUCGGAGCGCACUCUCACAUCCGGGGCCUGGGUCUGGACUCCACCCUGGAGGCCCGCGCCUCCUCUGAGGGCAUGGUGGGCCAGACUUCAGCUCGGAGAGCUGCUGGAGUCAUUGUGAAGAUGGUCCAGGAAGGGAAAAUCGCGGGCCGUGCCGUACUCCUCGCGGGCCAGCCUGGCACCGGGAAGACUGCCAUUGCCAUGGGCAUGGCAAAGUCUCUCGGGCAAGAAACUCCAUUUGCUAUGCUCGCAGGGAGCGAACUAUUCUCCCUCGAGAUGUCGAAAACCGAAGCCCUUAUGCAGGCCUUUAGGAAAGCGAUUGGGGUCAGAAUUAAGGAGGAAACCGAGGUGAUUGAGGGCGAGGUUGUGGAGAUUCAGAUUGACAGGCCGGCUGUGGCGGGGGCAGCGUCUAAGACUGGGAAGCUGACUCUGAAGACGACGGAAAUGGAGACGGUGUAUGAUUUGGGGGCAAAGAUGAUUGAGGCAUUGGGGAAGGAGAAAGUGCAAAGUGGAGAUGUUAUUGCGAUUGAUAAGGCAUCUGGAAAGAUCACAAAGCUUGGGAGGUCUUUCUCAAGGUCCAGGGAUUAUGAUGCCAUGGGGCCUCAGACCAAGUUCGUGCAGUGCCCUGAUGGUGAGCUGCAGAAGAGGAAGGAAGUUGUGCAUUGUGUUACGCUUCACGAGAUAGAUGUCAUCAACAGCAGAACACAGGGAUUUCUGGCACUAUUCACAGGUGAUACCGGUGAAAUUCGUGCGGAAGUUAGGGAACAAAUUGACACAAAGGUUGCAGAGUGGAGGGAAGAAGGAAAAGCAGAAAUUGUGCCUGGUGUCCUUUUCAUUGAUGAAGUUCACAUGCUGGACAUUGAGUGCUUUUCUUUCCUGAAUCGUGCAUUGGAGAACGACAUGGCGCCUAUAUUGGUCGUUGCCACCAAUAGAGGGAUAACUUCUAUUAGGGGCACAAAUUACAAAUCCCCACAUGGCAUCCCAAUUGAUUUUCUUGAUCGUCUGCUUAUCAUCUCCACACAACCGUACACAUCAGAUGAUAUUCGAAAAAUUCUGGACAUUAGAUGCCAAGAGGAAGACGUUGAAAUGUCUGAAGAUGCAAAAAUUUUGUUGACAAAGAUAGGAGAAGAUACAUCUUUGAGAUACGCUAUAAACCUCAUCACCUCUGCUGCAUUAGCCUGCCAAAAACGGAAGGGAAAGAUUGUGGAAAUGGAAGAUAUUAGCCGAGUUUACGAGCUAUUUUAUGAUGUGAAACGGUCAACACAAUACUUGAUGGAAUACCAAAGCCAAUACAUGUUCAGUGAGGUUCCAGACGAAGGGGGAGAUGAAGAUGAAGCCAACGCAAUGGUCUCAUAGUGGAUUGUUUGGAACACAAACAACAUUUGCUGGUAUAUAAUUGGCUUGCAUUAUUAUUCUUGCGACUGCAGUAUGUUGGCUCCCGACAUUCCUAUCGUCGUGUUAAUUUGUUCGCAGUGCAGUUUAAAUCAUGGAAAAUUAUGGGUCCAAUAUGGGUGUAUUUAGAUGUUCAACAAUUGAAUGUUCUGCAGCAACCAGCAUGAAGGACUUGGUAGUUUUUUCUUUUCUGAAAUCUGAUGUUGCACUGCAGUUGUGGACUGUCUUUUAUGAACUGUAUCUAAGGAGAAAAACAGAAUAUGAAAUUUAAGCAUAAAUGAUUUGAUGUGA